AUUCUUGCAGACAAUCCCCAACACGACAACAGUGAGACUGACUCUCGGCCACUGGAUGAACUACUUGUCUUUAUUGAGGGAGAUGAGGAGGGAGAAGGGGGCGGAGUCUCGGCGAUCUCCAUGACUACCAACAACAUCCCUAAGCCUGGGAAGAAAAAGAAAAAGACGAAAAAAAUCCAUCAACCGUCACUCCCGGCGACAACAGAGGAGGAGAGUGGUGGCCACACCCACAAGUCACAUGACGGGUCAUUGGGUGUGUCAGUUUGUGAGGAGAGAGAAGAUGAUGACAGGUCGUCUGGCAAGAAAACUGGCCCAGCUAGCCACACCCACCAAGAUCUGCCAUCAGAGGAGUUGUCUGAUGACUAUGAUGAUGAACUGGAGCAAUUCAAAAAGAUCUGUUUUGCAGCACCUGCUGUGAACCGCAAGAGAAUUGCAGUCUCGCUUGACAUGAAUGAUCUCAUGGCCAAAAUGAAAUAGACAUUACAUCAUCAUUACAUCAUUCUUGUACAAAAAACAGUGACACACACACAAUGUCUCUAACUGUUUUGAGAGUUGAAAUGUUGUGUAUUAUGAGAUAAUGGACAAAAAAAGUGAAUGAAACUAUACAACAACACAUUCUUCAACAUUAUCUUCAACUAUGAUGAUCUUGUCAGGUGAUGUACUGGCUACUAAACAGCUGCUCCUACCACUAGUCAUAGAGCCAAUCUCCACCCACUGUCCAUCCACUAGCUGGUGAAUGGAGUUGACUGGUGACUCACCUCGCUGCCACCAAUGAGUACUAGCUGUCCACAGAGAGUGGCAGCUGUUGAGUAUUGCACUGGUAGAGGAGGGAGAGGUUUCCAGGAUAGGGUGAGAGGUGAUGUGAUUGGUUGAUCACUGGAUGGUAGGGCUGCAAGAGAACACGAGUAGCAUUAGCAUCAAUUCCUAUCACAUUCAACCGAUCACCACAUAUUGUGGCUGAAGGGUGGCGGAGAGGUUGUGGUAAGUCUGUUAGUUGGUACCAUCUUCUGCUCUUCACUUGAAAUAGUUCAACUGUAGCAGUCCAACUAUACACCACCACACCCCCCCAAUCACAAUGAGGUAGUCACCAUCAGAUGUACUAACUACAGCAGUGUAGGAAUGUGCAGUGUUCAUUGGAGGGUAUUUCUCAACCCAUUUACUCUGUCGUAGUGUGUAUAGUUUGUUAGUACCACGAAAUCUAUGCUCUCCCCCCACAGCAGUUAGUUCCCUGUCAAUGAUGACUAGUCCAGAGUGACGACAUGGACAUGAAGGAAGUUCCUCCCAUUUCUCUGUACUACAUUCAUAUUGGUAGACUGAUUUGGGGCCAGGGGUGAAGUAUGCAAAUCGACCAUCAGUUGUUGCA